UUUGCGGUUGAAGCAGCAGUUGCUGUCUCGAGAGACAAAACCCCAGAUGUUAGGUUAGGCCGACGGUUAUCUUCUCUCUUUCUCUCUCUCUCUGCGCGUCUGAUUCUUGCAACCAAAGCAAAAAUCAAAGACAAAAGCUUUGAUAUUUUUGCUUAAAGAAAUCGCUUUAAGGUUUGAUUAUUGGUCGCCAUCUCUCGCCCAACUUCCACCUUCUCUGACAUCCUCAUAACACCCUCCUUUCUUCUUCUUCUUCCCAAUCUCCUCCUUCUAUAUCAGAACGUGUUUUUCUUCUGGUUUCUCAGUGAUUCCACACGGACAACCUUUUUCGUGUUCCUUUCUAAGUAUCUUCCUCUGUUUCCUACUCUGUUCAAAGUUUACGUUCCUGCUGUUUCAGGCUCUCCGUCUUGUACACACGUAUUCCCUUUUCGGGUUUCUGCUUUCGUGCGUAAACGUAGCUUUGGUAUAUCGAGGAGGUCGAGUACGGAGUAUUGGUGGAUUUCCGGGCAGUUGUAUAUAAGGUGCAGGAAGAGUGCUCGAACUCCCUGAUUUGGAAGUUUCUUGGAGAGAGUUUGAGUCUUUGAAUUCCGAUGAAUACCCGUUAUUCUGUUCAACCGGAGACAUCAUCCAGUAUAUCGAUCACCGUUUCAUCAUCCUCUUCGUUGAGUUCCACGCCACGGAGUGAUACCACCACUCGCAUGGAGGAUGCGGCUAAUGCCCGAGAGAGGUCACCUUCGUCUUUCUUGAUUCGAUUGGCCGUGAGGGUAUCCAGAGCGAGGUGGUUUAUCUUCCUGAGAAGGGUGUUUCACUACCAGAACGGAUCGAGAUCUGAUCUCGGGUCUAAUCCUUUCAAUUCAAGCACUUGGAUGAUGUCGGAGCUCAUUGCCCUGUUGGUUCAAAUCACUGUUAUAACAUUCACUCUGGCGGCAUCGAAGAAGGAGAGGCCUAUUUGGCCCGUGAGGCUAUGGAUCACCGGUUACGAUGUGGGUUGUCUGCUCAAUCUUAUGCUGCUUUACGGACGGUACCGUCAACUUAGCACAAGCCAAAGCCAAGGGGACCUUGGCCUUGGUGAUGUGGAGCAGCAGAGAGGCAGAGAAGAGACUAGGUGUUGGCACUUGAUGAACAGAUGCAGGACAUCGCUGGAGCUGUUCUUUGCGAUAUGGUUUGUGAUCGGAAACGUGUGGGUGUUCGAUUCUCGUCUAGGUUCGUUCCAACGGGCCCCGAAGCUCCACGUCCUAUGCAUCUCUCUGUUGGCUUGGAACGCUCUCUGCUAUUCCUUCCCUUUCCUGUUGUUCCUUCUCCUCUGUUGUGUUGUUCCGCUCGUGAGUAGCCUCCUCGGAUACAACAUGAACAUGGGUUCUUCAGACAGAGGAGCCUCUGAUGAUCAGAUUUCCAGCCUCCCCAGCUGGAGAUACAAACUGAUCGAAAACGUUUCGGAUUCUGAUUCGGCUCACCCCCCAGCUCAAGAUCCAGAGUGUUGCAUAUGUUUGGCAAAGUACAGGGACAAGGAAGAGGUGAGGCAGCUGCCGUGUUCGCAUACGUUUCACCUUAAAUGCGUGGACCAAUGGCUCCGUAUAAUCUCAUGCUGUCCCCUCUGCAAACAGCAUCUCCCGCUGUAGAGAGUCCCCAAAUCCCAACAUCAUGAGAGAAGACAAGAUUCACAUAUUUACUUUGGUCUUUUUUUUUUUUUUUUUUGAGAAGCGAGUUUUUCAAAGAGAUGGUGAAUGGGUAUGAUAGAGGUAUAUGGUUGGUUACUCGUGUGAUUGCUUAUUUUGUACAGAGAAGGGCUCAUCACCAGUAACAGCCACAGGGAGAAGAAAAUGUUAUAUACGAGCAGGUUUCUCAUGUGUAAUAACGCUCGAAACAUUUUCUCUCGAAUCUUUUUUUCUUCUUCUCCUUAUUGUCAUACAUCUCUAUAUUUAUGAGUUUUGUUUUUCUUUUU